AGGCAAGCGGAGGCGAAGGGAGCAGAGGGGAGACGAGCUAAGCCGAGCAAGGCUGCCCACCCCGGAUCCCCAGUGAAGGGCUCGGGCCGUGCACUCCCUGGCCUCGCCAGUUCCUGUGCCUGCCCCCGUCCCUGGCACGGUAUCCCAUCCUGCCAACUUGUCUUCUUCCCCCGCCGCCCAUCUGCCCUCUCCACGCCUCCCGCCCUCUGGGCCCCCUCCCCCUUUCUUCCUCUCCUCCCCCCUCCCCAGUGCCUCCUGAAAACCCAGCCCUCCCGGGGCGGCCCCGCAGUGCCAGGGACCCGGGGAGCCACCGUCGCCUGCGCGCUCUUCCGAUCUGCCCUCGCCCAGCACCCAGGCUUCCAGUCCGCCCGCCCGUCCCACGGUCCGUCCGACAGUUCCACCAUCAGUCCGUGAGCCCGGAGCCAUGACCGCCGAGAAGGCUCUGCCCAUAGGCAACGGGAAAGCGGCGGAGGAGGCGCGGGACCCCGAGGCCUCCAGUGCUAGCUUGGUGUCCGGCCGCGACAAGAAGGUUCACGAGCGGGGCCACUGGAACAACAAGGUGGAGUUUGUGCUGAGCGUAGCGGGCGAGAUCAUCGGGCUGGGCAACGUGUGGCGCUUUCCUUACCUGUGCUACAAGAAUGGAGGAGGAGCUUUCCUGAUUCCAUAUGUGGUAUUUUUUAUAUGCUGUGGAAUACCUGUGUUUUUCCUGGAGACAGCCCUGGGACAAUUUACUAGUGAAGGGGGCAUUACAUGCUGGAGGAAAAUCUGCCCCUUGUUUGAAGGUAUUGGCUAUGCAACUCAAGUAAUUGAGGCUCACUUAAAUGUAUACUACAUCAUCAUUCUAGCUUGGGCUAUUUUCUAUCUGUUCAAUUGCUUCACCACGGAGUUACCCUGGGCUACCUGUGGGCAUGAAUGGAAUACAGAUCGCUGUGUGGAAUUCCAGAAGUUGAACAUGAGUAACUGCAGCCAGGUGUCCCUCCAGAAUGCAACCUCACCUGUCAUGGAAUUUUGGGAGCGCAGAGUCCUCUCCAUCUCUGACGGGAUCGAGCACAUUGGUAAACUCCGCUGGGAGCUGGCCCUCUGCCUCCUCGCUGCCUGGACCAUUUGCUAUUUCUGCAUUUGGAAGGGGACCAAAUCCACAGGGAAGGUCGUAUAUGUCACUGCCACAUUCCCCUACAUCAUGCUUUUGAUUCUUCUCAUUCGAGGGGUGACGCUGCCUGGAGCUUCCGAAGGGAUCAAGUUUUACCUCUACCCUGACAUCUCUCGGCUCUCUGAUCCCCAGGUCUGGGUAGAUGCUGGAACUCAGAUAUUUUUCUCCUAUGCCAUCUGCUUGGGAUGUUUGACAGCUCUGGGAAGUUACAACAAUUAUAAUAAUAAUUGCUACAGAGACUGCAUCAUGCUGUGCUGUCUGAACAGUGGCACCAGCUUUGUGGCCGGGUUUGCCAUUUUCUCUGUCCUUGGAUUCAUGGCGUACGAGCAGGGGGUGCCCAUUGCCGAGGUAGCUGAAUCAGGCCCCGGCCUAGCCUUUAUUGCCUACCCCAAGGCGGUCACCAUGAUGCCCCUUUCUCCUCUGUGGGCUACCUUGUUCUUCAUGAUGCUCAUUUUCUUGGGACUGGACAGCCAGUUUGUGUGUGUGGAAAGUCUCGUGACAGCAGUAGUGGAUAUGUAUCCAAAGACUUUUCGGCGUGGCUAUCGGCGGGAACUGCUCAUCCUGGCCCUGUCCAUCGUCUCCUACUUCCUUGGCUUGGUCAUGUUAACAGAGGGUGGUAUGUAUAUCUUCCAACUGUUUGAUUCCUAUGCAGCCAGUGGGAUGUGCCUUCUCUUUGUCGCAAUCUUUGAAUGUGUCUGCAUUGGCUGGGUUUAUGGAAGCAAUCGCUUUUAUGGCAACAUUGAAGACAUGAUUGGCUACAAACCACUAUCCCUAAUAAAGUGGUGCUGGAAAGUGGUAACUCCAGGCAUCUGUGCAGGAAUCUUCAUCUUCUUCCUGGUGAAAUACAAACCUCUCAAGUACAACAAUGUGUACACAUACCCCAACUGGGGUUAUGGGAUCGGGUGGAUGAUGGCACUCUCCUCCAUGGUCUGCAUUCCACUUUGGAUUGUCCUCAAGAUGUGGCAGAUUGAGGGCACGCUCCUGGAGAAAUUCAGGAAGUUGAUAGUGCCCAGCCCGGACCUGAAGAUGAGAGGGAAGCUUGGCACUGGCCCACGAACGGUUAUCCUAAAUGACUGUGACGCUAAACUCAAAGGGGAUGGAAACAUUUCUGCCAUCACAGAAAAGGAGACACAUUUCUGAGAGACCUUUCUUCGACUGGGAUUUUUUUUAUAAAUGAAGAUAUAAACUACUUCACUUAAUUAUAGGAGUCGCUUGUUUUGCACAAAAAUUAUUAACAAGUUAAUUUUAAAGUGAACACUGUAUACUUGUUUAAAAGUCAUUAUUUUUUAAUUAUUAUGUAAGUAACAGUCACAAAGAGAUAAUAUUGUAUGGGAUGCUAGCAAAAACUUCUUGUAAUGUGGUGAUUUAAAUUGUCAUUUUAUAGGAAUUAAGAAGGUCUGUAAAAACGUACUGUCAACCUUUUAUACUUUGGGUUUGGGGGAUGGGGUGGCAUUGAAAAGCUCUCAUUAUGUUUCUAAUCCAUUUCCACAGACCAUUUCUUUCUCUGUACACUGGAGAGAAGCUUCCACUCAGUUCUUGCCAUCUUCAUUUGAGCCCCAGUCUCCAUAUCAUAGGAUUUAGAACUUGAAGAGAAUUUAGAGACAGUGAAUCCAAGCCUCUCAUUUGAUAAAUGAGAUGCUAGAGAGUUUGGCAUCCAGGUAGCAACUCCAGGCUCUCCAGGCUUUGAGGUAUGAUAGAAAAAGUUCUGGGCUGAAAAUGAGGAAUCCUAGACUUGAUUUCCAACUUCCCCAGUUACUCACUUAAAUUAUCUUCCCUCUCUUAGUCAUCAUCUUCCUCCUCUGUACCAUGAAGGCACUGGAUGAGGUAACCUCCAAAGUCCCUUCCAACCCUGAUGUCCCCCUAUUUUCUAGUCUCAAAAUCAUAGAUCCAGCCAAGUUUCAGGAAUGGGAGGCCAUAUCUUAGAGAUGAUUAUCCUUCAAAUCAGCAUCAAAGACAUUGUUUUGUGGGACUUAUUUCUCUUUAGUCUAACAAGCAUCAACUGACUCUUACUACUAAGACUUAGGAAGUCCCUCCUCUCCAUCUUUUCUUGCUCCAGCAUAUACUAUCUUUUAUUUGUCUCAGUAUUUGUCUUCCACUUUGGUUGGAAACAUCACACACUUUCUGUUUCAUUCUAUAAGCAAGUGAAUACUAAGAGAAAAGCCACAUCCCCUUAGCCAAUAAAGAGUUAAUUAGAAAAAGUCGUUAAUAUGAUGAGCUUCAUUCUGUCCUUUCUAGAAAUGUUGGCCUUCAGCCCAUUAUUGUAUUUGAAAAGUGAUUGGCAUAGAGUGAUGGGGUAGAAGAACAUGUUUGAAAUCACUUCCUCAAGUUACUGGAAUUAGAGUGGCAUUUCUCUCAUACUACCCAGGAGAGAAAACAGAAUGGAAAGAUCCCCAUGCAAGCCCCAAAUUCCUGCCACUAGUAAGAUCUUAACCAAAUAAUUUUCUGUCUUGGAACUCAUUUGCCACAUCUGGGAUCACAUGCUUCAGAAGGUGUCUUCUAACACUAAUAUCCUAUUCCUAUCUUGCUUUUGUGGUAUAUUUUUAAUUAAUCCUGGGAGCUAGAAUCAUCCCCAUAUCUAGUAUGUAUGUGGUUCAAGUCACCUGAGAAUGUGUUUGGAUGUAGAGAUAUCCCCAAACUAGUGAGGCAGUCUUGGAGUGCAGACCACCUGGGUUUGGGUUCACCUCUGAUAUGUACCGACUGUGUCAUCCUGGACAAGUCCCUUAAAUUCUCAGUGCCACAGGCAACUCUCUAAGGCAUUAAUUGGCAAAGCAGGUGAAGGUUUAAUUCAGUAGAGGAGUUUUUUAAUAUAUCAAUGAAACCACAGGUUCAAACAAAACAAAACAAAACCUUCCCCAUUCCCAUAUUUUAGGAGGCUUACCAAAUGCCUCAUAUGUUAAAAAAAAAUAAAAAUAAAAACUAAAUAAAAUUAUAGAAAUGGUAAGCUUACCCUAAUUUUUAAUACUACAAAAUCUAAUUUAAUAUUACAAAAAGAUGUAGUUUUUUUUUCAAAAGACUAGAUAGUCAUUGUUAAGUUGAUUUGGACCUGUAUAAAAUUUCCUUCAGCUCUAAGUGAUUUCAUCAUUUCCAUGAUGCUUUUUCCCAGUCUUUAUCAAUCUUCUUAGCAUAUAUCUUAGCACAUCAGACUGAAUAUUCUAUUUUGUGGUAUCUGCCACUGAUUAGCUUGGAUAACUCUUUUUCCACUUGGAUCUCAGUCUCUUCCUCUAUAAAAUGAGUGGAUUGGGUUAAAUGAUCUCAAAGAGUUCCUUCAAACACUAACAUCCUAUGAUCCUUCUUUUGGGUUGGUCUCUCAGUUAGAUUUGGGUUUCCAGAUCACUUUGCUUUUUCUUCCCUCUGGCUUGGGUAAUGGAUAGGAAGAAUAGUUGUUCAUGGGAAGUAGUCUGGAAAUGACAUAUUUUUCCAUCCAGAUGUUACAAGCAUGUUCUUUCCCUUCUCUUCAUGUUUUUUUGAGCUCUCCCUUUUCCUUCAGCUUUGACUUAUCUACACUAUUUACUUUCCAAGACUCUUCUUCUAUUAGCCAAUGACAGUAUUAAACUCUUUUGGUCCACUUCCUCUGUAAAUGAUUGUUCCAAAUUUCCACUAUUUCUCUCUUCCAAGACAAUGUCUACCUGCUCUGUCAAUAGUCAAGUGUUGAGUCUUUCAUUUUUCUUCUUAAUAGUCAAUUCUUUCUUUGUUCCUUCCAAGUGGCCCUCUGCCCAGAGAAAUAUAAGCAGCUAGUUAAAAUAAAAAAAAAAAAGGCUGUCCCUCAAUGACCAUGGUUUCUGAAGGAGGUAUUUAUGCUAAACUAUAGUCCAAUCGAUUCCUUGAUCUUGCUUGGUGGCUUUUAAAGCCAUGUCUCUAUACUUACUUACUUGAAUUUUUUCAAACUAAUAUAUCUGUUUCUUAAUUAUCAUUUUAAUUUUUAGGAAUACUUUUUAACCUCUUGCCAUUAACUAACUGACAGCCCUGAAUAAAUCACAAAUACCCCCUUUGAACAUCAGUCAUUUCAUUUAUAAAAUGAGGGUUUUGGGUAGGUAGAUUUGUAAGGCUCUUUCCUGCUUCCUACAUUUCUUGGAGAUGUGAGCUUUUCAGAAUCAGAACUUUUGGUUUACAGCACACUGGGGCUGAAAAGGGGAAAUUUUGUUUACAUCAUAAUGUUUGAAGAAAAUGAAAUAUGAUUUUGAACUAAAGUUUCCCAAACUAACUCAUUUAUCUCUUCUGUCAGAAAUAUAUUUCUUUCCUCAGUUUUGUCAUUUUGUCUUGAUGGCCUUCAGUUUCCCAUGGCCUUGGCUCUCUUUCUUCACUCAUCAUCUGAUCUAGAAUCCCAUCUCCAAAAAGGUAACAAGAUGCCUUCCUCAGGGAUCUUGAGUCUUAUGCCCUAUACCUUAGGUUCAUUUCUUUCUAUGUUCACCAAGCAAGCAUUCCAACAAAUCCUGGGUUUGGAAGUUUUUCGGAUUCUGCUGCUAUAGAUUGUUUUAAUAAUAACUUUAUAUACAUACAUGUGGGAUUACAUGGUCUGAAGUUACUAACAUGCUGGGAGCUCAGUUUUUGUGCAUUUAACACCUGAACUGCUUAACAUUUUAUUCAUGGCGCACAGGAGGGAUUUUUUUCCAAAUUUCCUACUGGUAUUUGUGUACCUUCUUUGGAAACAAAAAAAAUGACACAAAAGAGAAUUAUGUCCUUAUGGUGAUGACUUUUUGAUAUUCAUAUAGAAGCAAUAGAUCCUUUCAGAGAUAUUUACAGUAUUAUUAAAAGAAAGGGUUGUAUUACUGUUUUACACAGCUGAAGUUUUUAUUUGGUAUUCAAAGGGCACAAAAAUUUUUUGUCUGCUUACUCAUUUUUAAAAAUUAAAGAAGUGAACAAUGUG